AUGGAGAGCAUCCCACGAGGCCAGCCAGAGACGCCGCUCUCUCACACUGACAUGUCGGUUUCUGGGUCUGAUUCGGAUAAAGAGUUCAAUCCGGCCAGUGCCACCAACGGAGGGCGCGAGAUUUCUCGUAAAGUUCUUUACGUCGGAGGCUUGCCCAAAUCUAUCAAUGAAGACGCCUUGAACGAAAAGUUUUCAGCUAGCGGACCCGUGUUCUCCGUUAAGAUCUUGAAUGACAAGAAUAAACAGGGCUUCAACUACGCUUUUGUUGAGUUCGUGGACGAAGCCGGUGCUGCCGCAGCAUUACAAGAAUUCAACGGCUCGUCGUUUGAAAACCUGAUGUUGAAGAUCAAUUAUGCAUAUCAGUCAUCUACAUUCAAUGCUACUCAGAACUCGGAUGACCCGACUUACAAUAUUUUCGUGGGCGAUUUGUCUCCAGAAGUAGACGACGAGUCCUUGCACAAGUUUUUCUCUGCUUUCGAGUCAUUGAAACAGGCCCAUGUUAUGUGGGACAUGCAAACUUCGAGAUCCAGAGGUUAUGGUUUUGUCACUUUCGCAAACUUGGCUGACGCAGAGACGGCUUUGCUGACUAUGAAUGGAAAAGUCCUCAACGGGAGAGCCAUCAGAUGCAACUGGGCAUCGCAUAAGCAGCAAAAUUCGAGGGGUGCACCUCGUCAGAAUAAUCAAAGACAAUUUAGGCCCCAGUACCAGCGUCCCGGGUUCAAUGAAUCCCCAGUACCCAUGCCAGAGCAGAAUAACUUUGGUGAUGCACAAUUCUCCCUUCCCCAGAGACCACAGCAAGAACAGCAGAUGAUGCCUAAUCUUGCCAUGGGUCCUAAUACUGGCGUAAUGUCUCCUCACUCAUUCGACAUUGUGUUGAGACAAACUCCGUCGUGGCAGACUACAGUUUACUUGGGAAACAUUGCACAUUUCACUCAGCAGAACGACCUCAUUCCUUUGUUACAGAAUUUUGGUUACAUUGUGGACUUUAAAUUUCAUCCAGAGAAAGGGUGUGCUUUCGUCAAAUACGACACACACGAACGGGCAGCGUUGGCUAUUGUCCAAUUGUCGGGUUUCAACGUGAACGGCAGACAAUUAAAAUGUGGCUGGGGAAAAAGCCGUCCUCCGAUGGGACAGUUUCAAAACUAUCCAAGGAACUAA